GGGCGGGGCUUGUCGUUACUAAGGCAAGUCUCGAGUGAAGUAUAAAGGGAAUAACAUGGUGUCCCAGCGGCUGUUUAUGUUUACUUAAAGAACAGAUUUUUGAACAGGGCGUCCUGCGACACACGGCCGACUUCCCCUCGCGGUUCUUUUCUUUUUUUUAACCACUUUAAGUUUUUUAUGUUCGGAUUUACACGGCCAGUGGCAUGUGAAUCUCAUAUUUCACUAAUGUGCCAGUCUUACAAAUGGAAAGGGGGCUUCACUUUGGAAACGUGAGCAUUUCCCUGGUGCUCCUGUUGUUGCUGAAAGCGCUCACCGGAUUCGGGACGUCGCUAACUCACGGCUCCGCCAUCGGGAGGGAGCCGCAGUCCGCCGCUCGGGGCUCCGGUUCGACCUCGGAGGAUGACGGCGCAGGAGUCAUGAAGCGGGGCUUGGGUAACGUGGGCGCCCCGGUGAUUGUAGCGGACGUAACGGUGGAGGACGACGACAACGGGUCGGCGGGGGAGAGCGACGAAUCAUAUGGAGAAAGUAACGGAAACUUCCGACCCACAAGGUCUCUCGUGAUCAUCAGUACCCUGGAUGGACGGAUCUCGGCCCUGGAUCCUCACAACCAGGGCAGGAAGCAGUGGGACCUGGAUGUCGGCUCAGGGUGCCUGGUGUCCUCCAGCCUCAGCAAACCUGAGGUGUUUGGCAAUAAGAUGGUCAUCCCUUCACUGGACGGUGCCUUGUUUCAGUGGAACCGCGACAGGGAGAGUAUGGAGGCAGUGCCUUUCAGCGUGGAGUCCCUGCUGGAGUCGUCCUACCGAAUCGGAGAGGACACGGUCUUGGUCGGGGGCAAAUCCCUUACUACCUAUGGCCUGGGGGCCUACACCGGCAAGCUUCGGUACAUCUGCUCCGCGGUGGGCUGCAGUCGCUGGGGGGAAGACGAGCUGGAGAGCGAAGACGUGCUGCUGCUGCAGAGGACUCAGAAGACUGUGCGAGCCAUCAGGCCCCGAUCAGGGAUGGAGAAGUGGAACUUCAGCGUUGGAAACUUCGAGCUGAAGCUGCUUCCUGAGAUGCAGUCUGGAAUGAACUUCCUGGAGGCAGAAGUUGCGAAUGGUGACGCCUGGAAAGAGAGCGUGCGGGUCAUCGCCGAUGAGCCGAAAGAGAGGGAGCAGACGCAGGACCAGCAAAACCAGAACCAACAUCUGGACCUCGUCAUCAAAGUGUCUGUUCCUGAUUGGAAGGUCAUGGCCUUCAGUCCCGAGCCUGAUGGACAGCUGGUCUGGGAACGUCAGUUCUGCACACCGAUCGCUUCGGCUUGGCUGGUGGGCGGAGGUAAAGUCACACCAAUCGCCCUGUUUGACGACAACGCCUACAGCAGCCAGGUUGAUCCAGAGGAGGAGGAGGAGGAGGAGGAUCCGACGAAGACCAGAGGAGCUGCGGAGUCCAGUGUUUACCUCGGGAUGUUCCAGGGACAGCUCUACCUCCAGUCCUCUGUGAGGAUCACUGAGAAGUUCCCUUCUCAAGCUAUCGCGUCUGAGAAGGACAUAAUUCCACUCCCCACCGUCAAAUGGAAGCCUCUAAUCCAUUCCCCAUCUCGGACACCGGCCCUGGUCGGCUCUGACGAAUUCGACAAGUGUCUGAAUAACGACAAGUUUUCCCAUGAUGAGUACAGCAACGGAGCGCUGUCCAUCCUCCAGUAUCCAUAUGACAACGGCUACUACUUCCCCUACAGCAGGCGCUACAGGCGUGACAGCGCCGUGAGCUUGAUAAAGGGAAACGGGGCGGGUGGCGAGACUCGCAGGAGAAAGGACCCCGUGCUGCUGCUGCCCUGGUGGAAGGAAAUCCUCGGCACCAUCGUUUUCUGCAUCGCCGCCACCACCUACAUCGUCCGCAAGUUCUUCCACCCCCCUGCCCCCGUGGCCUACGUGAGGCAACGGAAAGAGUCGGAGACGCAGUGCCAGACAGACUCCAAGUUUGACCUUGAAGUUGUUGAAUCCAAAGAGCCCGUUGCCAUGGAGACCCGUUCCAGCGAAUACGUGUCCAGGUACCUGACUGACUUUGAGCCCGUGCAGUGCCUUGGCCGCGGGGGGUUCGGUGUUGUGUUUGAAGCCCGUAACAAAGUGGACGACUGCAACUACGCCAUCAAAAGGAUCCGUCUGCCCAACAGAGAGCUGGCCCGCGAGAAGGUGAUGCGUGAGGUGAAGGCUCUGGCCAAGCUGGAGCACCCGGGGAUCAUCCGCUACUUCAACGCCUGGCAGGAGAGCCCCCCCGAGGGCUGGCAGGAGGAGAUGGACCAGAGGUGGCUGAAAGACGCCAGCACCACCGACUGGCCAGUGAGCUUCCUCGACCACAUGGAGGCGCUGUCAGUUAAAGUUCCAGUGUCCAGCUCUGUGUCACCCAUCUCUGGACCUGGAGGAGAAUCUCUGGAGUCCUCCGUCAGCGCCCAGGCUCUUCUCUCCAGCAGCGCAGGUGGGUCUGUAGGGUUCGAUGCUGACAUGGCGGACCUGUCCUUCCACCCGCUGCUGGGCCACGACAGCCUCAUGUCUGAGAGGGACAGCCAGGCGGACCCGGACGCCUCGGACACCCCCCACUCCUUCGAGCUCUGUCCUCCACGCGGUCCCAGCGACUGCACCUCUUCUUCCUUCGACAUCGUGUUUGAGGACUCGGGCUGCGACCGCGACGCCGACGCAGACACGGACUCUGCUUCCAGCGCGGCCAGCCCGGGCACGGUGACGGAGAAGAACAGCUCGUCUUCCUCGCACACCAGACAACAGGAAUCUGUCCCCCCGUCCUCUUCCUCACCCCCCAGACCAACCUCACUUACUCUGGCUCUCCCCACAACUCCUCCAACCCAGCGGGUCCAACCGUCUCCCAAGGUGUAUCUGUACAUCCAGAUGCAGCUCUGUCGGAAGGAGAACCUGAAGGACUGGAUGGCUCAGCGCUGCCUCCCGGAGCAGAGGGAGCACAACCAGUGUCUGGAUAUCUUCCUCCAGAUCGCAGAGGCUGUCGACUUCCUGCACAGCAAAGGGCUCAUGCACAGGGACCUCAAGCCCUCGAACAUCUUCUUCACCAUGGACGACGUGGUGAAGGUGGGAGACUUCGGCCUGGUGACGGCCAUGGACCAGGAGGAGGAUGAGGACGAGCCAAGCGCGCUGACGCCCGCCCCGCUUCUGACCCGGCACACGGGCCAGGUCGGCACCAAGCUCUACAUGAGCCCGGAGCAGCUCUCUGGAAACUCGUACUCUCACAAAGUGGACAUUUACUCUCUGGGUCUGAUCCUGUUUGAGCUGCUGUAUCCGUUCAGGACCCAGAUGGAGAGAGUCAGGACGCUGACGGAGGUGAGAGCGCUGCGCUUCCCAGAGGUCUUCUCCAAAAACAACGUGCAGGAGCUGAGUAUGGUGCACAGCAUGCUGUCGUGGAGCCCCGGUGAGCGUCCUGAGGCGGCCGAGAUCAUCGGGACGCCCCUCUUCCAGGAGCUGGAGCUGGAGCUGACCUGCCGACUGGCCGUGAGACAGCGCUCCCGCACCUACAGCGCCUCGUCCAUGGGCCGCCCGUCGCGCCAGUCAUCAUCUACCUGAAAACCACAUGACGCAAUAUAUAGACUCCCCCUCAUAGUUUCCCUUCAUCCCCCAGCUGGUCUUGCUGCCCAAGAGAAACACCUCAGCCCCCCCCUUGCCAUCACACACUGCCUCAGACAGCAUCACUUUAAAGGCCUAGGAUGACAAAUGUGCGGAAAUCGAUCUCUGUGGCUUUACAGCCGCGAGACAGAGGCCCGCACACUUCCUCUUCUUGGCAAACACAACAUGCCGUUACAUAUUUGCACACCAUUAUGCUGCCCACGUUCCCAAUUUUAAUCACACUUACAAGUGAAAGAGUCUUUUAAAAAAAAGCGACAGCCGUUCUGUAAUGUUCACGACCAGACUUGGCUCAAGUGCUACUUGCAAAUAAUUCUUAGUGGUUAUUCUAAAUGGUUCCGAGCACCAGAUGGGCAGCGCUUACAGCAGCCAGCCAGCCAGCUCAGUGUGGACCGGGCCGUUACCCACAGAACAUUUAGAAUUGAUUUCUGAAAAUGUUAAACCUGCAAUUGUCGUAAUCAACAAACUCAAUCAUCUGGUGCUCCGAGAUCAUUAAGAGGCCGCUGAGAACCGUUUCAGAUGUGAUGUUUUUUUCCGACGCCGGUCUGGUCACAACACGCUGCUUGCUCACAUUCAGCCAGUGUUCACUCACCCACACUACACCUCAGGUAUCAAAACCAAGAGGACACUCCAAAGGGGCCUUUGAUGCUUGAUCAUCCUAUCGACUAGUGACGAGUACUGAUCACUGGUACGAGCACUAACUUGGUGUUCCGACACCCAAUAUGCCUGAUUUGGGAGACCAAAAAAGACCAUCUUGUUUUCCUAUGUGUUUUUUUUAUUAAUAAGAGAAAGGUGAUGUAUUGCGUAGAGAAGAGUUUAUGAAUCCAGUUCAUCAGAUAUGAUUUGCCUUUAGAAAAAGGGGUCCGCGGCCCCCUCUGAAUGAAUGCCGAGCCUCCGGGCUCCACGUCUUUUCUGCAUGUACCUGAUAGGAAAGUGAAGGGGUGAGUGAGAGUUCGUGAUCUUAAAGCCAGUACUUGGAAGCAGUUUUUCUGUGUGUAAAUUUACACAACGAGGUGCUCAAUCAUUUUCCAACACCUCCUCUUUGCUCUGUGUACAUAAUUGAAGGGAAAAAUCUGUUUAUAUCUUUUUUUUUUGUUUGUUUCUUUAAUAAUCAAGAAGAUAUGUUUUGAUCAAUCCUGUAUAUAUUGUAAGGCGCCAUUGCUUGUAAAUGGCUUUUUUUUUUCCUUCCCCAUGAGGCGACUGUAAGAUAGUGUGAUAUACUGUGGGAGAGGAGACGAUCUCUGCCAUUAACAGAUAGCUGAAUGUUACAGUGUGACCUCCAGAGACAGAUGAUGACGCUGAUGAUGGCGGUCACCUCUUCUUCUAGCUGUUUUGAAAAUGAUUCCCAGUGUUUGUUUUUCACAUGUUGGAAGGGGUUUGCCCUGCUCCCGAGCACCAGAAGAGAACCAGAGUGCCAUUUUGAAAGUCAGUAAAGUGUACUUCUCUGUAGCUGAUGACUCGCCUCGCAUUUUUCUCGGAGAUGUGCCGCAUCCAGCUGGUGUUUCCAAUGAAAGCAGAACAAACAAAAAACCCAAAUACUGAGCUCUGCAGGAGAAAUAGCAUUUAGUCGAGAAGGUGAAACAGUUUUUUAUCCCCUCUGCGUCGUCUACCGGGGGACCUGGACCUGAUGCUGGUCAUGUGAUCCGCAUGAGCAUUGUUUUAUGUACAUAAGAAGUGCUGGGAGCGUCACAUGACCCGUCUUUUAACUACACACACACAAACUGCUAAUUGUAAUGUGCUUUCAAUGAUUGUACUUUUCUAGGAAUCCUCUCUCUCUCUCUUUUUUUUAAAAUAAUAAUAUUAAUGAUAAUAAGCGCAGUUUUUUGAUUAUUCUGCAGGGUUUUUUGAUCACUGUUAAGUCUCGACUGUGUCUCAUAGCCGGAAGUCAAACUGAUGUUUCGCUUCAUCCGUCCACUCAGCCCACUGAAGAUGAGUCACCCUCGUUGUAAAAUGAUCAUUUUUCUCUCUUCAGUGUUUUCAAAACUGGACUGUACUCCCACCACGAAGAAGGUGGAAACUGGAGAGCUUUUUUUUGUUCUUUCUUUCUUGUUCCAUAAUGACACGUCCUCAAGUUAGGCGGAAAAAUGUGAAAACUCGAUGCCGAAAUUCAGGCAGGAGUUGCUUUGUGAACGACAGUGUGUCGGCGCAGUUUUCUUCCGAGUUCCUUUGUCGACAUUUCAACGCCUUUUUUCUGUAGAAUUAAUGUUUGAUAUUUCAAAAGGAAGUCAAUAACGAAAUCAAGGACAAAUCCUUCUCUCUUACAAAAUUAGCUGAAAAGAAUUGGUUUUUGUCCUCCUUUUUCGAGAAGUUUAGUUCUGAUUUAAAGAUUUGUUGGUGGAUGAUUAACAGCAAGUAAGAAAGGAAGCUUUCACAACUUCAAUCACCUACUGUAGUAAAUAUCUUAUCAGCUUCAUGCCGUCAACACUGAAAACAGCAUUAUUAACAAUAGUGUAUUAUCUGAGAUUCUUCAGAUUUCCUUCUUUUCACUCAAACUAAGAAAAUGUGAUUAUACAGUAGUUCAUUCAUGCUUUGUUCAGUUGUGUACACAAUCCUCACACUCCUGCCAUCCAGGUAUCUGUUCCUGAGGAUAGAACAAUUUAAUAAGUCAGACCCCCUCCUCCUCCUCCUCCUCCUCCUCCUCCUCCUCCUCCUCCUCGUCCUCCUCCUCUCAGUCUCUGAUGACUCUGUCUGGAGAUGUAGUUGCGUGUCCUCGUGCACAAACCCCUCAUCCUUCUGUCCAUGUUGAAUUGUAAAUAUGUUUAUUUGCUUUUUAUUUAUGUUCUGAUGACGUGAUCAAUCCUUUUUUUGGGUUGGUGUUAUUAUGAAUGCGCUUCAUGCGAGCGAGCGCGUUGGAAUAUGAUGACUUCUUACAAGUCUAAGAUUUAAUAAACUGUUCUAUACCGUUUGUACA